UGCCCGAGCCCACCUCCGGGCAGCCGCCGCGCGCCGCCGGGGCCCCGGCCGGGGAGGAUGCCAGACGCCCGGGAGCGGCCAGGGCAGCGGUGGUGGCGGCGGCGGCGCGAUGGUAGUGACAGGCUGUGCCCGAGGCGGCGGCGGCGGCGGGGACCGCGCGCCCUCCCGGCGGCGGGGCUGCGGACUCGCGCCGGCCGGGGCCGCGGCGCUGCUGGCCGGGGCGAGCUGCCUGUGCUACGGCCGCUCCCUGCAGGGCGAGUUCGUGCACGACGACGUGUGGGCGAUCGUGAACAACCCCGACGUGCGGCCCGGCGCCCCCCUCCGCUGGGGCAUCUUCACCAACGACUUCUGGGGCAAGGGCAUGGCCGAGAACACCAGCCACAAGUCCUACCGACCGCUCUGCGUCCUCACCUUCAAGCUGAACGUAUUUUUGACUGGUAUGAACCCAUUCUACUUUCAUGCAGUGAAUGUGAUUUUGCACUGCCUAGUGACCCUUGUCCUGAUGUACACCUGUGACAAAGCUGUCUUCAGGAAUCGCAGACUUGCUUUUGCUACGGCGUUGCUUUUUGCUGUGCAUCCUAUCCACACGGAGGCAGUGGCUGGAAUUGUUGGCAGAGCUGACGUGUUAGCAUGCCUGCUGUUUCUGUUGGCCUUUCUCUCCUACAAUAGGAGUGUGGACCAGCGUCAUGUUGGGGAAUGUUUCCCUCCCACGGUGUCUCCCUUCUUCUUGCUGCUCAGUUUGUUGCUGGGGACCUGUGCGAUGCUGGUGAAGGAGACCGGCAUCACAGUGUUUGGAGUGUGCCUGGUUUAUGAUCUCUUUUCCCUAUCCCACAAGCAAGAGAAAUCGAGCAAUGGGGUCAUCCAUCAGCGCAGCCCGCAGCAGCCUGCGAGUCCCCCGCCCCCGUCACUGCCCCCGCAGCCUCACCGGGAGAACGGGAAGCAGCAUCGAUUUCCUCACCGAGGAGCUUGGGGUGGCUGCCACUCACCAUCGCCACUAGAACCCAAGAGCAGUGGAUUCCCAGUGUCUCCUGGAGCUAUGUGGUCCAUGAUGAGGUACUUGACAGCAAGGACCAAUAGAAAUUUCCUGCUUACCAUGAGGCCAUUCUUAAAAAGGGCCACUUUGGUCAUAACUUAUGUGAUUGUCGUUUUGUACUUCCGUCUGUGGAUAAUGGGAGGAUCUAUGCCCCUCUUUUCAGAGCAGGAUAAUCCAGCUUCAUUUUCGCCUUACAUUCUUACAAGGUUCCUUACCUACUCCUACCUCUUGGCCUUCAACGUGUGGCUUCUGCUUGCACCUGUUACCCUGUGCUAUGACUGGCAGGUGGGCAGUAUUCCCCUGGUAGAGACCAUAUGGGACACACGGAACUUGGCCACCAUCCUUCUGGCAGUUGUGAUGACCUUACUGAGCCUUCAUUGUUUAGCAGCCUUCAAGAGACUGGAGCACAAGGAAGUUUUAGUGGGCUUGUUGUUCCUGGUUUUCCCGUUCAUUCCAGCCAGCAAUCUCUUCUUCAGGGUGGGUUUUGUGGUGGCCGAGAGAGUCCUUUACAUGCCUAGCAUGGGCUACUGCAUCCUUUUUGUGCACGGACUGAGCAAGCUGUGCACUUGGCUGAAUCGAUGUGGGGCCACCACCCUGACUGUGUCCACUGUGUUGCUGCUGUUGCUUUUCUCUUGGAAAACGGUGAAACAGAAUGAAAUUUGGCUGUCAAGAGAGUCCCUAUUCAGGUCUGGAGUUCAAACUCUGCCCCACAAUGCCAAGGUUCACUACAACUACGCCAAUUUCCUGAAGGAUCAAGGUCGGAACCGGGAAGCGAUCUACCACUACAGAACAGCCCUCAGGUUGUAUCCUCGCCACGCCAGUGCCCUGAACAACCUCGGAACUCUGACAAGAGACACAACAGAGGCAAAGAUCUACUAUCAGAGGGCUCUCCAGCUAAAUCCACAGCACAACCGAGCUCUUUUCAAUCUUGGGAAUCUCCUCAAGUCCCAGGAGAAAAAAGAAGAGGCUAUCACCUUAUUGAAGGACUCCAUUAAGUACGGUCCAGAGUUUGCAGAUGCAUAUUCAAGCUUAGCUUCAUUGCUGGCCGAGCAGGAGAGAUUUAAGGAAGCUGAGGAAAUAUACCAGGCUGGAAUAAAGAACUGUCCAGACAGCUCAGACUUACACAACAACUAUGGGGUUUUCUUAGUUGAUACCGGCUCUCCGGAGAAGGCAGUGGCCCAUUACCAGCAGGCCAUCACACUCAGCCCAAGUCAUCACGUAGCUAUGGUGAAUCUGGGGAGACUCUACAGGUCAUUGGGCGAGAACAGUUUGGCUGAAGAAUGGUAUAAACGCGCACUGCAGGUGUCCCGCAAAGCUGAGAUAUUAUCACCUCUGGGAGCGCUGUAUUAUAACACUGGCCGAUAUGAGGAAGCUCUGCAGAUCUACCGGGAAGCUGCGGCCCUCCAGCCUUCUCAAAGGGAGCUCCGCCUGGCCCUGGCUCAGGUUUUGGCUGUAAUGGGUCAGACAAAAGAAGCUGAAAAGAUGACCAACCACAUCGUGUCAGAGGAGACUGGAUGCCUCGAAUGCUAUCGCCUGUUGUCAGCAAUCUACAGCAAGCAGGAGCGCCACGACAAGGCACUUGAUGCUAUAGACAAAGCUCUCCAGCUGAAGCCAAAGGACCCUAAAGUCGUAUCUGAACUUUUUUUCACAAAAGGAAACCAACUAAGAGAGCAGAAUCUUCUGGAUAAAGCUUUUGAGAGCUACAAAGCAGCCGUGGAACUGAAUCCAGAUCAAGCACAGGCCUGGAUGAACAUGGGUGGAAUCCAACACAUCAAGGGAAACUAUGUGUCUGCAAGAGCUUAUUAUGAGAGAGCCUUACAGCUGGUUCCAGACAGCAAACUGCUGCAGGAAAAUCUCGCCAAACUGGAUCGCCUAGAAAAACGAUUACAAGAAGUUCGAGAAAAGGAUCAAACAUAAGCAGCACUGGAACCAGUCUCGAGGGACAGUGCUGGUGCCUCUGGAAGAGGAAAAAGUGAUGCAGGCUCGCUUUCACAGCAGCAGGGGGGCAACAAAGAAGCUUUCCUGUCUCUCAAGGUUCAGAGGGGCACAUUUAGGGACACCCGCUGGCACCUCUGUGCUGAGGGACUUGCACUUCCAUGGAAGAAGACAGAAAGAGCAGGCAAGAGCUAGGCCUGAGAGGAAGGAAAACAACUACUACACGUUUUGCAGAUUUUUGUUGGCUUUAAUUCCAGAUUUCCCUUCAUCUAUUUUUCUGCUUUCCCAGCCUGAGAAGCUAAUUCCAUCUCUUAGUGUAGACUUUUAUGUCCCAGAAAUACAGGGGCUUGAAAUGCUAUGAAGGGAGAGCAGCUCUUCUUAAUGAGUUUUUUCAAAGAGAAUAAAAUCUUUGGGAUAACCAUUUGGGAAAUUCCACCAAGAGGUAGCUCAUUGAAUUCUCCAGAACUGGAGAUGAGUAAUAGUUUGUGUAGAAUCUUCUGGAAUAUAUGGGGGAAAGGGCUCUUGUUAAGUGAGCUCUGCCUAUAUUCCCCUGGGGAUAAUCCCCCUAGAGCCCAACUGAAGAGUAAAUUAAAUUCCACUCUGAUGCAAUCUUUUCCUGUUGCCUAAUAUAUCAAAAAAGGAAGCUUCUGGAAUUGUGUAUGUGUAUUCUUAUCCCUAGGGGAAAAUCAAGGAUCUUGGUACCCCUAAUUCUUUAUGGAAAUGUUUAAGAUUAUUUUAAUUUUAUUACAAGUAUUACUAGAGUAGUGGUUCUGCUCUAAGAUUUCAGAAGUGCUUUUAGAAUCAUAAAUGUUUCUGCCUCCACAUAUAUUGUUAUUUUGGUGGAGAAAAAAUAGUAUAUUCUACAUGAGAAAUAUUAAAGAUAUUAACUAAGAGAAA